CGCCUUCCCCCCCUUGCGCGUUGCGGUGGAAGCGGGGCGGGGGGGCGGCCCGGUGGGGAAGGGUUUUAUUUUUUUUCUUCUUUCUUUUCUUUUUCUUUUAUGUAUUUUUUUGUUUUCCCCCCCGGCAUGGCCCCGGUGUGGUGGUUGUUGGGGUCGGUGGUGGCGGUGGUGGCCGGGGGGGGGUCGGUGGAGCAGCCCCCCGCCUCCGAGCCCGCCUGCCCCGUGUGCCUGUGGCGGCGGCAGAGCAAAGAGCUGCGGCUGGAGAGCAUCAAGUCGCAGAUCCUGAGCAAGCUGCGGCUGAAGGAAGCGCCCAACAUCACCCGGGAGGUGGUGAAGCAGCUGCUGCCCAAGGCCCCCCCGCUCCAGCAGCUCCUGGACCUCCACGACUUCCAGGGGGACUCGCUGCAGCACGACGAGUACCUGGAGGAGGACGAGUACCACGCCACCACCGAGACCGUCAUCAGCAUGGCCCAGGAAACGGACCCGGUGGUGCAGAUCGAGGGCAACCCCCAUUGCUGCUUCUUCAACUUCAGCCCCAAGAUCAUGUUCACGAAGGUGGUGAAGGCGCAGCUCUGGGUGUACCUGCGGCCGGUCCAGCACACCCCCACCGUCUACCUGCAGAUCCUGCGCCUGAAGCCCGUCACGGACGAGGGCAGUCGCCACAUCCGCAUCCGCUCCCUCAAGAUCGACCUCAACUCCCGCCUGGGGCACUGGCAGAGCAUCGACUUCAAGCACGUGCUGCAGAACUGGUUCAAGCAGCCGCAGAACAACUGGGGCAUCGAGAUCAACGCCUUCGACCCCAACGGCAACGACUUGGCCGUCACCUCGCUGGGGCCCGGCGCCGAGGGGCUGCACCCCUUCAUGGAGCUGCGGGUCCUGGAGAACAACAAGCGCUCGCGGCGGAACCUGGGGCUGGACUGCGACGAGCACUCGACCGAGUCCCGCUGCUGCCGCUACCCCCUGACCGUCGACUUCGAGGCCUUCGGCUGGGACUGGAUCAUCGCCCCCAAGAGAUACAAAGCCAACUACUGCUCGGGGCAGUGCGAGUACAUGUUCAUGCAGAAGUACCCCCACACCCACCUGGUGCAGCAGGCCAACCCCCGGGGCUCGGCGGGGCCCUGUUGCACCCCCACCAAGAUGUCCCCCAUCAACAUGCUCUACUUCAACGACAAGCAGCAGAUCAUCUACGGGAAGAUCCCCGGCAUGGUGGUUGACAGAUGCGGGUGCUCCUAGAGCCCGGCUGGGGCUGCCCCUCCGCCCCACCACCCCCUCCACCGCCAGCUCCUCGUUUCUUCCGCUGUUUCUUGCUUUUCUUUAAGAUUUCUUUUUUUUUCGGGGGAGAGGAAAAAAAAAAUACAAAGACCAAGCAUUGAAAUUCCUUUGGAUGUUGGAAGAGAGAGAGAGAGAGAGAGAAGGAAAUCCCACGGAGAAACACUGCACCAAACCCGCGAUUCGACAUGCAUUGUGCAAUAAAGCAACCGAACGGAGAAGGGAAGGGGGGGCCGGGACCCCCACACGGUGACAGGUGACACGGUGACACGGUGACACAGCGACACGGCACCGGGCGGCUC